UGCCAAAUUGUCAUGCAAAACUCCAAGUGCUGAGGGAGAUCUUUGAAAGCCCCAGAGCAACUUAAUUGGCUCUUUAGUGAGACUGUUUCAAUCUAUACCAACGUGGAGGAGAAGCCUAAAAAAUAGAAAUGAACAUCUAAAAUGUGCAUGAAAACUGUGCCAUUAAAUCUGCUAAAGAAUAUUGUGGACUUGUAUUGAAAUCUCCAGGACAACUAGGUUACUAAAUGGACAUGGUGGUGACAUUGUUCAACAUGAUCAACAUUUUUAGAAACAGUAAUAACUCCGUAGCUAAUAGCUAUAGGCAAUCAAAAGCACCCUCACCAAAAUACAAUAUAGGCCUACAACUAAAUCAAGCACCAAGUAACGUUACUCACCUGACAGAAAGAGACUCAAUGCCUGUUGAUAGCGUGUGGAACAACAUAUAAAAUAAGCUUUACUUACCAUUAAAAUAACUCUGGAUGCUAAGUGUCAGGGUUGAAUCCCAUUAGUGCACCUGCGUAGGUCUGUUGCUGAAGGUUGCUAUGGCGACGUCUGAGCACUAGCUAGCUAGCUAGCUAGCCUAAUGUUAUUUUACUUAUUGGCAACCAAAAACGUAUUAACGUAUGUUACGUUUGAAUAAACGAACAGGGUGACGCCGUAAAAGCACUUAGUGUGGCGUUCUAUCAAUAAAUACAUUUCUAUUUAAAUAACAUAUACAUUAUACAGAGAGGUGUUUCCGAUAUUUAGUCGACCCUCUGAAGGGGUGCACAAAACAGCAUGGAACUGGUCACUUGAUCACAGGUCCAUGUCAAGACAACACGUGACAAAAUUAAAUAACAGACAUAAUGUUGUGAUUUCCUAUAUCCACAGAUGAACCUGUGACUGUGACCCUGAUACAGGAAAAGGAACCAGUAAUGGAGGGUGGCAGUGUCACCGUGGAGUGUGCUGCUAAUAGUAACCCACAACCACACAAGUACACAUGGCUCAAAAGACAGAAGGGUCUGAUCAACAAAAUAAAUUCAACUGAGAGAAGAAAGCCCUUCCACAACAUCACGCGAGACACUUCUCUCUCCUGCAUCGCUUACAAUGACAUUGGCACAGGGAAGUCCGACUGGUUGGAUCUGGAAGUUCAAUUUGCUCCACACAUCCUGCCAACAUCUGACUGCACCAAAUCUGCAGCCCAGAUAAACUGUUCCUGCAAGACUGCUGGGAACCCCUCUCCCACUUUACAGUGGUAUUUGGAUGAGUUACCUGUCAAUCACUCUGACAAGUUUGCCAUCAGCUAUGAGCCUCUGAAUGACACAGGUUUUAGGAGCAUCAUCAUUGUGAAUCAACCGCAGGAGAGAGCCGUGUCCACCGUGGUCUGCCGCAGUUCCAACUCCCUGGGAUCUGCCAGCCAACGUUAUUAUGUUCACAGCCUUUCACAAAGUCAAGAUCGAGUGACGUUGCCAGUCUUCAUCACCACAGUUUCCGCUCUACUAGUACUAGUAUGUGCUCUUCUGUUUGUCAUCAGGGCUCAGAAGACAGGCCAUAACCCUUCGAAGAGUCAAUGCACAGGUGACACCAGUGCAGUUACUAUGAGCCAACUUCUAACAAGUGGAAAGGGAAAUGAGGUACCAAACACAACAGAAGAGGACAUAUAUGUCAACACCAAUACACUGAUGCAGGCAGAUGUCACCUUUCCUACAGCUGUCUCUGAGCCAAACAUCACCGACUUGUCAACAUCAGGAACAGACAAUGCAGAAGAAGCAGGUAAAAGCUCAGAGAAGAAGAAUGAGAAAGACACGGAUACGAUUUACUCUAUUGUGAAACGGAAGCCUAAGAGCAAGAGGAGUACAGAAAACUCUGUAGACAUGCAUCAGCCUGGCAGCUCCUUUCUGGAGGAGUGAUGCAAGGUCAGAGGCAUGUGCUGAAGUUUUGUGAUCAACACAAUGGAGAUGGGAAGUCUACAGGACAUGGAGGCAAGAGAUGUGGAGAAGGAAGUGGAAAGUGAAUAUGCCCAGGUUACAUUUAAAGACAAGAAUGCUAUACACAUAUUCUAUAAUGCUGUGUCAAGUUUGGAAAUUAAUUUGCAUAAUGUCUUGCUCUCUUGUAUGCAUGUUUUCUUGUUUGUCAGCUCUGACACGGAGAUUUGGAUUAAUUUCCUUCUUUGUUUUUAAGUUCAUUGUGUUUAAGACCUAGACAGGUUUCACAGUCACUGAAGGCUUUUUUCCCCCCAUUUUAAGUGCAUACUAAUAAUAAUAAUAAUAAUAAUAAUAAUAAUAAUGAACAAUUUUCACAAUUCCUGUAUAAAUGCAUACAAAUAUAAAAUACUAUAUAUAUAUAUUCACAUUUAUUUUUAUUCAUAAAAGGAUGUUGGCAUGUGUAUAUUGAGGCCCUGCUGUUAACAUGUAUUUGGCAGUGUGGAAUAUUUUAUUAGUUAUAGCCUAUUAUUUUUAACAUUUACUUUUUGUUUAUACUGAACUGGCUGUAC